CCAUGACGUCACUUAUGGCCACAAAUGGAGACCGAGCUCUGUCGAUUUACAAGUCGUAGAUUACAAGUCACAAAUAACUCACCCACAGCUUCUACAAUUUGAGUCAACUUCAAGAGACAUCAAACAGAAACGCUGCCAUGGAGUCCGCGGCACACGCAAAAGACCGAGAUGCCGAAGCAAAGGUGGCUGGCGAGCCACGCACCACAAAGAGCACCGUACUCGAGACGGGCGCCGCCAUGACACAGGACUUCUCGCCACUCCAAAACAUCUGCGCCCAUCUCAACGCUUUCCACGUCUACGCGUCCGAGCCGAGCCGCGUCGUCGAGGCCAACCACUACUGCGGCCACCUGACCGAGGAUGUGCGCCAGUGUCUGCUCUACGACAGCCCCUCUCCCGGCGCCCGCCUGAUCGGCGUUGAGUACAUGAUUAAGCCGCACCUAUACGAGACCCUGGACCCGGAGGAGCGCCGCCUCUGGCACAGCCACGUCUUCGAGGUCAAGUCGGGCAUGCUCGUCAUGCCGCAGCCCUCGCCGUUCGUGGCGCAGGCCUUGUGGGACAAGGCCGAGACCGCCGAGAUGGAGCAGGUGGUCCGGCUCUAUGGCAAGGUGUACCACUUGUGGCAGGUCGACCGCGGGGAUAAACUGCCGCUAGGAGAGCCGCAGUUGAUGACUAGUCUGACCAAGGCGGACCAGCUGCCGGGGUUGGAGGACGUUAUGCACCAGAGGGAUAAGCGGUUUCCAGGCUGUGAUUGGCGGAAGAAGAAAGAAAUCAGGAAAGAUCUCGAGGAGCCUGAGAUCCAUCCCGGCAAGUGCAAGUAGGCCAAGAGUGUUGUACAAACGCUGACUUUACACAGAUGCGGACUACACCUGGAAAAAGAGGUGAAGGAAAACGUUCUGAAUUCUACCCGCAAACGACUACUUC